AUGCUGCAGCAGAUCCUCCAUGACAUGUACAUCGACCCCGAGCUCCUUGCUGAGCUGAGCGAUGUGCAGAAGCACAUCCUCUUCUACAAGAUGCGAGAGGAGCAGCUGAGGCGCUGGAGGGAGAGGGAGGUCUGGGAUGCCCUGGCUCAGGCAGAUGGCCUCAGGCCCCCGAAGACAAAAAGAAAAGCAAGCAACAAGCACCUCCAGUGGCUGCUGGGAGCGGAUGGCGAGGUCUGGGUGUGGGUCAUGGGCGAAGGCCCUGGUGACAAGCCCUAUGAAGAGAUCUCCGAGGAGCUGAUUGCUGAGAGGGCUCGACUGCAGGCACAGAGGGAGGCCGAGGAGCUCUGGAGACAGAAAGAGGCAGAGAUCACCAAGAAGUUUCGAGAUGCUCUGGCCAAUGAGAAAGCUAGGAUCCUGGCAGAGAAGUGGAAAGUGGAGAUGGAGGACCGAAAGGCUGCCAAAAUCCUGGAGGAACGCAUCCACGAGGAAUUCAAGAGGAAAGAGGAAGAGGAGAGGAAGCGAGGAGAAGAACAGAUUCGCCUCCAGGAGGAGCAGAGGGCCAAGGAACUGUACUGGACUCUCAAACAAGCCCACCUCCACUGCCAGACCAGCGAGAAGGAGGAGCGAGAGUGGGAGGAGCAAUUACGCAGAUCCAAGGCGGCCGACGAGGAGCGGAGCCGCGGGGCGCAGCGCGCGCGCGACGAGUCCCGGCGCCACUCCCUGCGGGCCAUCCAGGAGGGCACGGUCGCCGGCCUCAGCUCCAUGUUCCAGGGGCUCGGCCAGAACCCCGCGCGGGAGGCCCGACUCUACCAUCACCUCCCCGGCCCGGGCCCCCCAUCGCCCCGCGCCGCGCCGGCCAGCAGGACGUGGGAGCGCCCACUGCGCCCACUCUCCAGAGAAGUCAUCGUCCGUUGGUUUAAGGAGGAGCAGCUGCCUCGACAGGCUGGCUUCGAGAGGAACACCAAAUCCAUCGCCCCCUGGUUCCAUGGAAUAAUUAGCCGAGAAGAUGCAGAGGAGCUCCUGGAGAACAUGGCUGAAGGAGCAUUUCUGGUCCGUGUCAGUGAGAAAAUCUGGGGGUACACCCUUUCCUACCGCCUGCAGAGGGGCUUCAAGCAUUUCCUCGUGGAUGCUUCUGGGGACUUCUACAGCUUCCUGGGAGUGGACCCCAAUCGUCACGCCACCCUCACAGAUCUCAUUGAUUUCCACAAGGAGGAAAUCAUCACCGUUUCAGGAGGAGAGCUGCUGCAGGAACCCUGUGGGCAGAGAGACAGCCCGCCAGACUACCAUCUGUUGUUUGAAUGAUUUUUUUUCUUCCCCUUAUGAAUUGGAUUCCUUUGGGCAUCCUUAAAAAAAAAACUCGGCAAACUUUCCAACUUAAAUGUUACAGCCUUCUGGAAGAUCCAAGGGGAACUCAUACAUGAAUCAAUCUCAAGGAAUGUGCAUAGAUGAAAUUUGUGUGACUGUUCCCAUUGUGGAGCUCAGAACAGA